AUGCGGCUUAAAGUGCUUGAGGAGACACUUCGAGGAACUUCAAGCAGCAGCACCAGGACCAGGACCAUGAGUAAUGGACCCUCUCGUAGGCAGUCACUUGGUGGAUCUGAAAACUUGCAAAAUUUUCCAUCAAACGGAACAUCUAAGUCAUUUGAUGGAGGCACAAGAUCCUUGGACAGGGGCAAAGCACUCUUGAACGGACCUGGGAACUAUUCUUUCAAGAAAGUUUCUGAUGACUCUAAGGAACCAGAGUCAGUUAAUGGGUGGAAAGACAGUUCAGAAGAGAAGACACAAAGUGAAAACACUCCACCAGCAGCAAGUGAGGAUAGUGUCUUAGGUGUUUUGUAUGAUUUGCUGCAGAAAGAAGUAGUUUCUUUGAGGAAAGCUUCUCAUGAAAAGGACCAAAGUCUCAAAGACAAGGAUGAUGCCAUUGAGAUGCUAGCGAAGAAGGUGGAGACAUUAACUAAGGCAAUGGAAAUUGAAGCAAAGAAAAUGAGAAGGGAAGUAGCUGCAAUGGAGAAAGAAGUUGUUGCAAUGCGUGUGGAGAAAGAUCAAGAUAAUAGAGAAAGAGCUACUGGAAGAAGCGGAUAA